AUGUUUCCCGGGAAAGUCAUACCUGUUGUUUUGGUCUCCAUGGUGGUGGCGUUUCUCAUCCAGCAAUGCGCCCCCCGAAUGACCUUCAAGGCUGGUGACUGCCAGUACAACAGGUCGAUUUUCUCCAACUUCACUAUGCAAAUAAUCCAAACCAAAGUGAUAAUGGACGCGUUUUUGGUCACCACUCUGCGGCAGGGCCUGAAGAUGCACUUGAGCUUCGAGUUCCGUCCUGCCAAGGGCAAACCCUACCAGAGUGUCUACCAGCACGAUAUGAACUACUGCGCCAUGAUCAAGGGCUCCCAGGAGUCGAUCUACCGACGGUGGUACACAUCCAUGUUAAAGAUGGGAAACUUGGCCACAAGCUGUCCCAUUAAGCAGGGUUACUAUUACCUCCAUGGCUGGACACUGGACGCGAACUAUGUGCCCUCCUUUCUCUACCUGGGCGACUACCGAAUCCACGGAUCCCUCUUCUAUGGCAAGUUCAAGAAGCAGGUGGAGCAACCCCUUCUGGAGUGCAGUGUGGAAGCCGUGUUGGGCUAG